CCUCUGGUUUUCUUGACAAACAUUUCAAUCGAUCAGUUUCUUUGUCUGGAAUAUGUGCACUCAAAAAGCAGGUCUCAUUGAAGUGGCCGAAGCUGGUUAGGACAGGAUACAGCGGUUCAAUCAGGAAAGCUCACAUGCAUUCAAUUGUUUCUUAAUGCCAAGAAGCACUGAAUAUCACUCCAUUUAUUGUGUUGAACAUUUCUGCCGCUCAUGACUUGGAGAAUGUCGUUUAAAAUGUCUUAAAUGCACCUGGUGUAAGAGGAAUCCGUUCCUCUACUCUUGCUAUCUGGCAAAGAGAUUGUAAGAGUGAAAAGUAUUGAUAGUGUUUCGAUUUUGGGAUUUCUCUGCCUCAUCUUAUUUGCUGUUGACACAAUUGUCAGCAGGCAUUGAAGCAUUGGAGCCCGUUUGGAUUAAUACACUGUACUCAAAAUUGUCAAUCAGUAUUGACAAUUUAUUUCUGAAUUUUAUGAAAUAGUUUAUUAUUAAGAGAGAAAGAGCUUUGUAAUUUGGCUUCUGGUAAAAAGGUAUUCAAUUUAAGUGGAUAGAGAGAGUUUAUAUUAACAAGAACUCUGUCAUUGAGGAUGCGGUGACCAAAUGUCUGACAGGAAUGAAUGACUUGAACAUUGCAUGACAACCUGAGCAGGUUUGUCAUUUGUUUAUGUGCCACACAAGAACCUUCUCAUCACUUUUAGAUUCUUGCUCGCUGACUUCCUGCUUACCUGUGAAAAGAACAGUCUUAGUUUUUUGUCCUCCUGAAGACAUUUUUAAGAGUUGGUCGACAGUUGGAUUUGUGCAUUGAACACCAGUUGUGAAAAGGACAGAGAUCAGUGGGGGGGAAAAGUCUCGACUGGUGCUAAUCCCUUUUCUAUUGUGAGGGAGGUGAAGGAUGAUGCUGCUCCUGUCACAGGCAGUCCCCCUCCUCCUCCUCUUCAUCCUCCUCCUCCUCCCCUUCAGUUCUUGGUCUGGUCGCGUCACAUCUCCGCCCCCACAUGUGCAAUCCCUCCUCCUCCUCCUCCUCCUCCUCCUCACCACCUCCUCCCCUAGUAAACAACUCAGCAUCAUUUCAUUAUGUCUGCUAGCAGCCAUCGAGUCCUAUCUUUGAAGAAAGGAAGGCCCAAAUUGCUGAGCUUAUACCGAGACAUGUGCCAGACUGUGAAUUGAAAAAAAAAAAAAAAAAUGCAGCACGUUUCACCCCAUAAAAACCGAUAUGGGGAUAUGUAUGUGGGAAUAAGUUGAUCUGUAAACUAAAUACGUAUAGUCGACAUAUGGUGGUAAGAGUCGCAAUUAAAUAAUAACUAUUUAUUAACUAUCUAUUUAUAUCAUUUUUUACCUUUGACUUGAUGAAUGCACCAAUCGCACAGGAAAUGGUCGCAUGUGUGUUUAAAAUAGUCUCACGUUUCUCACCUCGCAUGCAUUCAUAUUAAGCGGAUAAUUGUGAAUGGGAGUUAAAGGUUCUUGUCGUGCUCUGACGACGUUACGAAUCAAAUGAAAACAAAAUGUGUCAAAACAAGAAAUGUAAAUAAAGGGGGGGAGGAAAAAAAAAAACCAAGACGAUAGGCGUACAUGUAAAAAAAAUAUUGCUUUGUUACUCAGAAAUAUGGACCCGUGUGACCGUCAGUCUACCGCCCCCCCCCUCCCUCCUUCUCCGCGAUGGUACAGUCUUGGUUCAUUCAUAAAAUUCUAGCAGAGCAUAAAAGGAGGGGCUUGCAUUCUAGCCGUCCAGUUACCAGGUAUAUACCUGGAGAAAAGACCCGUGCCGCUCUGCCCAGCGGAAGGCCAGAGCUAUAUUUGUCACUGAUCAGUGAUAUUUGUUCUCCUCGUGAUGCAUCAUAACCUGACGCUUGACAUGGAUUCAGUCUCUCCCACCUGCCAAACAGAAUCUCCUACCGGGACACUUUGCCAGAAGACGCCAGAAGAGACGAUCUCCCCUGCUCCCUCCUCAGAGAGCAAUGCAAAGGAGCUCUGUCGAGACAUGAGCGUUGAAGACACUCCAUUUGUGCCAACAGUUACUGCAAUUUCCUCUACCCCAGAUUUCCAGUGGAUGGUCCAGCCUACGAUCAUUACAGCUGUCUCCUCAUCUCUAGGUAGCAAGCAAGCCAAUGAAGCACAAAGCUCUCACCAGGCAACACCCAAAGAGGGCGGGAGUAAGGGGAAAAAUGCUGUCAGAAAGGGAAAAACAGAGCAGCUGUCUCCAGAGGAGGAGGAGAGAAAGAGGAUAAGGAGGGAGAGGAAUAAAAUGGCCGCAGCAAAGUGUCGCAACAGAAGAAGGGAGCUCACAGACACACUGCAAGCUGAGACCGACAAGCUGGAGGAGGAAAAAGCAGCCCUGGAGACAGAGAUAGCAAACCUCCUCAAGGAGAAAGAAAGGCUUGAAUGUAUGCUUUCUACACAUAAACCGAUGUGCCAGAUAUCAGAAGAGCCGGAGUCUAUUUUCCAGGAGCCCACGGGGUCCCCAGAGCCACCACCCAGUCCAGACGACGACCGGCUUCCAGAGGAUGGCAUCCAGGAAGCUCCUUCGCUCCAGGACAUGGACAUUCCCAGCGAUCCUUCCACAGCCAUCUCUGGGAACUCAAAUAUUCUCCUGUGUGCCAGUGCUGAUAUCAACCUCUGGGAUAUGGAGCCCUCUCUGGACAUUAAGGAAGGGCUCCUGGAGAAUAUGCUGCCCAUUUUGGAGGAUAAAACCCCCAUGGAGACGGCUCGAUCUGUGCCAGACAUAGACCUGAGCAGCUCUCUCGGGGUCUCGGACUGGGAGACCCUGUACAAGUCUGUUUCCAGCGACCUGGAGCCUCUCAGCACUCCCGUGGUGACCUCCACACCCACCUGCAGCAGCUACCUGUCGGUGUUCACGUUUGCAUGUCCGGAGCUGGACUCUCUCACAGAGGGACUAGACAGCCAUAAAGGUGGAGGAGGCAAAGCUGAAUCUGUUGAUAUUCUUAACUCUCCAACUCUCCUCGCCUUAUAAUGCACGGGGGGAUGUGAUCUGUCUCACCUCUCUGGUUUCUCUGUUCUGCAGGUUCAUGACUUUGAAAUGAUACCACGGUGUGCUACAACACUUGAAGGAUUCCUGAAAUGUCUUGUGGAUGAUGAAGCAAAACUCAUAAACUUCCUCCAGUUUAAUAGCCCACAAAGUGAUGUAGCUAAAAGCAUGGCUUUUGCUUUUACAGAAGGGACAAAGUACGUUUUAAAAACGCAUGCAGAGAAAUUCCAUGUAAUUUUCAAAGCUUAUAUAUAUCUGAUCUGUUACUAGAUCUAAGAUGUUAUGUGAGACUUAAUGUUACAGUAUGGUUUAGUGUUUUGGUGUCAACAGUGUAUUGAUUGCAGUAAAUGUAUUUACAUAUUCAUUCAUGUUUGAGUACCUGCAUACCUCAACGUCAUCAACUGUGGUUUGACCUCAUUGAAAGUUUUCCAUGAAAACAUCCAGUGCUAUAUAUAAAUAUAUAUAUAUAUAUAUCUUAUCAAGAUGUAACUUAUCAUUUAUUUUUUUACCUUUCAGAUUUUGACUUAUUUGUUAAAUUUCAAAGUGAAAUGAGCAUUGAUUGCUUACCUAAGCUGCUGAAAAAUUAAAAUAAA